UUCUACAGAGACAAGUCACGCUCCCGAUCUGGUGUGGAGGGCGCAAUAACUCAUGUUACCAUGCCUUGUGUGCUGUGACAGGAAUGUUACUCAAUUGACUAGCUAUGUUCUGUGUCAAAACAUUUUUAUCGUUUCGAACUGAACACUUUUGUUCUCUAUCACAUUUAAAUUUGAUUUGAGACUUUAAAUGUAACGGAAGUGGAGUCCUUGUCUGCAGGAGGUGACAGUUGAUAUGUGACACAAACAGAGAACAAGAACACAUUUCACGUUGUAUAUAUACACAGAAGAAAGCUCCGCACAGAGUUGGGGUAGUUCAACAUGGAACUGGAAAAGAAAGAAGCUCUGCCUGACCUUGACCUGGCAACAUCCGACAAUGUCAGCCAGGUGUUCCUGGAGAAGGAUGAGGCCACGGUUCCAGAAGGAGGCUGGGGCUGGGUGUGUGUUAUCGGCCGCUUCUACACCCACUUCCUGCUGCUGGGGUCAAUGAGUGCAUUCGGAAUCAUUUACAUUGAACUUAUUGACUACUUUCACGCCAACAGGACCGAGGCGGCAUGGGUGGGGUCUCUGGCAGGCGGACUCAGCAUGUUUGUAGGUCCUCUGUCCGGGGUGAUGACUGAGCGCUAUGGAUGCCGCCUCACGACCAUGAUCGGAGCCACCAUAGCGUCUGUCGCCCUGUUUAGCAGCUGGUUCGCUAACGGUAUAGUGUACCUGUGCAUCACAUACGGAGUUAUAGCAGGUAGUGGAUUAGGAUUAACGUUUAUCCCCUCUGCAGUGAUUAUCUUCCAAUACUUUGACAAGAAAAGGGGUUUCGCCAGCGCUAUCGGGUCGACCGGGGGAGGUAUAGGGGCCAUGCUGCUCCCCCUGGUGUACACAGAGCUCAUCAAGGCGUUCGGCUGGAGGGGCACCAUGUGGAUCAUCUCCGGGCUCACACUGAACGCUGCGGUGUGUGGAGCCGUGUUUCGACAACCUGAUUAUUUAAAAAAACGCAAGCUCACCCGUGAAGUGGAAGAUGUCAACAAGAACUUAACACGGACACGCCAUCUUCAAGAUUUCUUUUCUGUCUUCAAGGACAUCCGGUUCUCGUUCUUUGCUCUGGGAACUUUGUUCUGCUACUUCGGGUACGGCGUCCCCAUCGUGCACAUGCCUGACCUCGCGCUGCAGAGCGGCGUGCGGAGGGAUGAAGUAGCGUACCUUCUGUCCAUCAUGGGUAUUGUGGGGGUGGUACUGAGAAUACCAGUCGCCUGGGUGAGUGACUUCCCCUUUGUCAGCAGGACACUCAUACUGGGCGUUGCCCUGCUGCUGUGUGGAGUGGGGACGUUGCUGUGUCCUUUCCUGACGUCGUUCCCCGCCUUUGCCGUGUAUUCCGCUGUACAAGGAGGCUGUAUGGGCAUAUGGGGUGCAUUCCUCGGCGUCAUAGUGGCGGACAUUGUUGGCCUGAAGAAUACCAACAGGGGCAUCGGCUUCCUCAUCUUCUCUGGAGGAGUAGCAACCAUCAUAUCAUCACCACUAGCAGGUUGGAUGUACGAUGUAACGGACAACUACCUUGCGUCGUUCUUCUUCGCCGGGGCCGUGUACAUAGCGUCGGGAGUCUGCACACUGGUUGUGUUUUGUAUAGAUUAUCAUCAUAAUAGACAGGCAUCGCACAAGAACAACUGUACAUGAACACGUUGUAUGUUGUCGUGGAAUACAAUACUCCCUUCCAGGUGUCGGCGGUCUCCUGUAGCAUUGCAUUGUUUAUUGCAUCAUGAGGAUACUGGACCACUAUGCAAGACCUAGUAUAUAUGACAGAGAGCGCCAAAGUGUCUGCCUUAUGAUGUAACAGUAGGAAGUAUUACUACCUCGGAUACUCAAUGACAUGUAAAAUAUCUGUUGCGUUUCAUAAGUGCUAAAAACAUAUAUUUACCUGGACUGUUAAUAAAGGCGGAUUUGAGCUGGGGA